AUGAGCCAACCCAAGUUUAUCGAGUUACUUUCAGAGACAGAUAAAAAGGAAUACAACAAUCUCAGAUCAACGUUAUCAUCAAAUGCUGUUAGAAAUCGACGUGGAAAAAGAUUAGAAGCAUUUUCUGAAGUUUUGACCGCAAUCAAGAAUUUUUGCAUCAAGGGUGAUAGUGAUGAUUGGAAGAGGUGCCUUGUUUGCGGCGUUUGCUGGCUUCCUGAAGGAAUUGCAAUAAAUAACAGACAAUUUCAAGUUUUAAUCGACAAAUGCAAAUCAUCCAUUAAUGGAUCUUUACAAAAAAUGGGAUAUGGCACAAUUCAAUCCCGCCAAGAAUCAAUUAAACUUCUUAGCGAACAUAUUCCAUUUUUAGCUACGAAUUAUCAAGAAGCGCGUGAAUGGAGUGUUAGACAGUUCAUUUCUGUAACUCCUGAGCCAUCAGUUCAAACAAAACAGUACAAAUUAAUUCCUCAUGCUUUUACUCCAACACCACAGCCUGCUGUCAAAGCUAAUGAUCAAUUUUAUGAUCCAUAUGAUGAAUAUCUUACGAAUACACACCACAAUCAAGAAGAAACUAAGUUUGAUUACUCAGCUGACUUCAACGAUUUCCAAAUCGAUACAAGCUAUAAUCCAUUUAACGAAUACGAUUCAUAUUCACUCGAGCAAACAUUUACAGGAGCAACAAAUUCAACUGCUUGA